UCAUAGAUAAAUCUUAAAGUUUUAGAUGCACAGAUAUACGAUUGAUUGAUUCCUUUUUGUUUACUGCAGGAAUAACUGUACUCUUUGUUUUAAAUCGUCAGUGGAAUACUCUGAAAAUUAUUUGUUCUGGUGUUACUAGCCUAUGGUGGACUUGUCAAGACCAAUGUUAAAUAUAAUAGGAGAAGAAAUAACAUACAUUUGUAAGCUUCUGAUAUGCAUGCACUGUCUACUACAAGUUAGAAACAAUUAAGUUUUCAGUAUUCAUUUAUAAUGAUUUGACUUACCAUGCACGCAAGCACAACAGUUUCAAAAAUAACAUAUUUAGCUCCAAGUUCAGCUUUUCUCUCUUUAAUACAAUUGAGUUAAGACUAUUAAGAAGUCGACCCCUUUUUAUCAGUAAUGUGGGGUCAAAUUUUGUCAGUCACUCUGAGGCAAACGUUAUGAGCAACCCAGGCAAGUGAAAAGACAAAACUGUGUAACAUUGAUUAACUUUGUGAAUAUCUAGAUUGAGUCCGGCAGCUGAAAAAAAUUUACUUGGUUACAUUCUGAAAAUUUUUUUACCGGGUUUUUCAAAAACUAACGCAGUUAACCUGCCAGGCAUGGCAACAGCCAAUGGGAAAUACAACACAUGCACAAGAAAAAAAACAUCUGUGGUGUUUACUUUCUGAUUAUUACAAAUUAUAAAAAUAAUCAUAAUUACCUCUCUUUUUAGCCUUUCUGCCCGAGUUCUUUGAAUGAAGGAUGUCAGUGGUUCCUAGCAGGAUUUACAAGCAUAAUAUUAUAAUGAAAAAUAAUGAAGGCAUUUAAGGAAUAACUUCCCUAAGCAUCUCUUGAUCUUAUAUCAAUUUCUUCCUUCGUCUCAGCAGGAAACACUGGGCAUUGCAAGGAGAAUCUAGCAGUCCAAUGUAUUAAAAGAGGGUAAAAUAAAGCUUUUUUUCCAAACAGUUCUCCCUUAUUUUAGGUGUAAUAUUAUGUACAGUUUUUGUGUUAUGGAUUUAAGGACUGGCACAGUUUGUUGGUGUGUAGCCUUCUGAAUGAGAGGCCCCAACAGGGUGCAAAGAAAGUAGUGUGCGAUAGCCCGGGGCUAGUGGAUUUUGCUAUCGGGCUAGUGAAUUCUGUUAUUAACUUGCCCGACGGGCAAGUGAAGUUUUUUGAGGAAUUCAACUUACAAAAGAACUGUGAAAUCAAUCUGCUCAUCAAAACGUUUUUGGGGCUAGUUGAGAUGAUGUUUGGGCUAGUAAAUGUUAGCUUCAGCUUGCCCGAGUGGCAAGCUGUUAAAGUGACUUUCUUUGCACCCUGCCCCAAGUUCGAUUUCCAGGUGUGACCUUGAAUCCUUGUUUCCACUUCCUUUUUUUUUUUUUUUUGCUAUAUAGCUUUAGCUCUGAAUGCUGUAACAAGCAUGACCACAGAUUUUGUUGAUCUAUGCACUCCAUUCUUAGUGUAAGUCCAAACUAAUGCUAGCUACGUUUGUGUUGCCCAUGCAUAAUAGCAACCUGGAGGUUAGGAUUGCAGGCUCCCCUGGUGCCCCCACCCCACAGUUAUAUUUUUCCCAAAAAAGUCAAAACAUGCACCCAUAAAAGUUGAAAAUAAAAAUUCACCUUCCAGAGCAUUGAAACAAUAAUAUCUCUGUAGCUUGGUGAAACAUUUUCUGGUUUUACGAUACAGACAGCAGUCCAAUGGGUCCUCUGGACCCAAAACCUUCUGCUUUCCAGGUACAAUGAGCAUAUAUGUGAACUGAGGGGUGAAGAAUUAUAUGAAAGUUGAUCAUCGCAGUUAUAGACACAACUUUUGCAGUUGCGAAAAGAAAGCCUGAAAAAAAUUCAGGCUUGUAAGGGAUUCGAACCCUGGACCUCUGCAAUUCUGGUGAAGCGCUCUUACCAAUUGAGCUAACAAACCAACUGGUAUGGUUCAUUGUAAACCCAUGAAAGGAUGAUGAUGGAAUCUUCAUGCCCCUUGGUUACUAAAAGGCUUGCUUCGGCCCUGCCUAAUAUUACAUCCCAAUUGCUGGUCCUUCAUCAAAAGCACAUACAGCAAUUCCCUUCCAUGAGUGUCUCAAUAAAAGUAAAGGAUCAGUCUUAAUAUAUAUUAUAUAAAUAUAUAUAUAAAUAUCGUUAUAUAAAUUAUAAUUAUUACGGGUUGCCUACUUUGGAAGACAGCGCAACACACCCUCUGCAUGACUAUUGUACGUUCUGGACCAAUCUGACGAUAAACCUGAGAUUAUUGUAGAAACUUUCUGUAGAAAACAGAUUAACAUAAUCUCACCUUCUUACUAGCUCCACCCAGGGAAACAACUCUUCUCCUUUUACUAGUGAAUUCUCCAUCGCAAAAAUACAUCCCGGCUUAAAAAACGUGCGCAUUUUAACCUAGCCUUGACAAAUUGGUAACCAGGCGAACCAAGCUGAUCACUGAGCCGUGAGUAUGAUUGUUUAUGAUUGGUCAAUUUGGACUCUGGUACCCAGACUCUUGUUCUUUGCCCGCGACAGAAAUCUCGUAAACAAACAUGGCCGCCGAAGGGAAGGGUUCUAUUUUUCUUUGCUUGAUCACUUGUUCUAGAGUUUUAUUUAAAUUUAGCAGAUGUAAAGCCGCCUUCAACUUUCGGAAUAGCGCGAAAGAAACUAGCAGUGGGUGCUUUGAAGGCGGGAAGACGCGUUUUGGCACUGUUCUUCACUUUUGCCAGCAAGGGCGAGCGAGCAAUGUUUUGUCCGUAACUAGCUUAUGUUUCGUAGUAAGUGCAAGAAUUGUGCCUCCACCCGCUCGAAGAGUAAAUUUGUUGGGUGGGGGAAAAUUCUCUCUGUAAAAAAUGUUACAACAAAAUGAAAAAGGGUCUAUCCGUCGCCGAGGAGUCAUGCCCUGAAGUGUCUAUCACGGAUGUGGCCGCUGUCCAACUUCUGGAGGUAAGAUAAGCUCAAUGUAAGAACUUAACCUUUUUACCUUCUAUUUAUGGCUGGUUACGAACUUACCGAAGGAUUUUCUGAUUCUUCGUUCUUUAAUGUCGAGUAAACUGAUGGCUCUUAUUAAAUACUAACAGAAAAAGAGCCACACGAAGUGCCUACAUUGCCGGAGCAGCCAACGCUAAUUACAAGCGUCACGUCAGAAUGAUGAGUUUCUCAAGGUUACUGGUAGGUUUACAAAUUUUCUCGCAGAUUGUAUGUAGUCAGAAAAAACAACAAAACGAAACAGUACCAGAAACUACACUUUUUUUUCUAUAAGAAUAUAUUUAUAUUUUUAUAAGAAUAUCGAGACUGAAAUUUGCAAGAUCUUAAGAAUAUGACAAGAAUAAACCCAAGGCUGAAAAGGAUAUUAUUUUGUGUGUUGAAAAUCUGUUAAUACAAUACAAUAAAAUUAUAUGUUUGUAACUUAACCUUGAAGUUAUUUCUUGCUCUUGAUGGCAAAGCUAGCCACCAGGAAGAAACACAACGUACCAUUGCCAUUUAAUGGCAAUGGCACGUUGUGUUUCUUCCUGGUGGCUAAGCUUUGCCAUCAAGAGCAAGAAAUAACUGGCAAGGUUAAGUUACAAACAUAACUGCAAUUUUAUACCCCAGUACAUGUACAUUCUAGAGGCUACAAUUUAAGAACAAUACAAGAAUAUUUUUGGCCUAAAAUUGGCAGAAAAAUAUGAAUGAGAACUCUGUCCCUCGCCUCAGACUUUUUUAUAUAUAUAAGCUUACUUUCCAUUGUUUAAGGUGAAAAGUUCAAAGAAGAGGUUAAAAAUCUUGAAGAGGCCCUCCUACCCCACUGCCGAAAAAAACAAGCAACCUCCCAUUUAUGAGCCAGCAGAAUUUUUUACCUUUUGUUCCCUGCAUGGUGCUGCAAAUAUUUUCAAUUUUGUUUUUGCUAUUUUCACAUUUCUGUUGCGGACAUAACGGUGAAGGAGCAAUUUGAAGUUCUUCCUGUGAUAAAAAUUUUAGAUGUGUCAGGUUUUCAUUGAGUGAAUUUCUGAACAUUCAAUAAAUCAUGAUGGAUAAGUAAGAAAGUUUUAGUAACUUUUCUUUCAAGUAGUUCAGUUUGGUAUUUCCCUUUAGUUUCUUUCUUUAUUUCUUUAUUUUUUUGCAGGAAAACCUCUGUGAGCAAGGAAUAACAGUACUUUUAGAGAGGUGUUUAUUGCAGAUCUGCUACACCUCAAUUUCCACCUCUGAGUCAUCUGCAGUAAGUGAAGAUGACGACUGCUUCUUGUAAGUAUUGAAAAAAAGCACGUUGAUCUUCCCAAUAAUCGCGAAAGGUGGUGUUAUGAUCAUUGCCACUCUUAUGUUUUGUUUUCAUUGAACCAAUAAUACAAUACUACUACUAUAAUAAUACUAUGUGGUUGUUUUAGUAUGUUUUUUUGUCAUUGCUACACACUUGUAUUCAGCAAAACAGUAUAAUAAUAAUUUAUUGCUUGAACCAAAUUAUAAAUAGGCCACCAAUUAAUUUUCUUGUCACUAGCCUGGUAUCUGAAUUGAAUUUUCCAUUUACAAAUAUGCCGUGCAAUGACUUGUUUUUCAGAAAUGUGUCUGCACUGUCUGAUGCUCUGUGCAAGCUUGUUGCCGAUGCUGAUGAGGCUUUCAGCUCAAGUGAUGACAAUGAUGAAGAUUAUUGGGGGUAAGUUUCUCUAAGAUAAAUUCAUUAUGUGAAGGAUGUAAAACUCAGCCAUGAAUUAGUUUAAACAGUUUCUGCAAUCUACCUUGAGUUUUUAGGGCUUGUGCAAUUGGAGAAUUUUGUUUCUUAGUUAGUGGACAGUGAUAAAUAAUACUAUUUAUCAAAUUCAAUAAAGAAAGGUUUUAAUUGGUUUUCAUUGUUUCUGCUUAUAGUGAGGAGAGUGAUAGUGAAUGUGAUAUGGACAUGACACAGGAAGAGAAUGCUGCCAUUGAAUUUGAAAUAUCUGAGGUGUUUGAUGAUGAAAGUAAUGAUGAUGACAUUGGCAAGCAGCCAUCAAAAGAGCCUGUAGUAGUGUCAGUAUCCACUCAGACUGAGGACCCAGUGGUGCAGGCUCAAGAAGGUUAAGACCAGUGACCACAGCUGUACCAGCCAUACCAUGUGUGGUUGGUCCUCCUCGAGAAAAUAAAUUUAGUCGCUGGGAAGACCACAAGGAAUAUCCAGAUGAAAUAAAGCUGGUACAAGGCACUACCCAGGUG